GUAACGUUUCGAAGGAAGUGGUGAAGUAGAUUAAACAGAUUAAGUGAACGAUGGAUUGCAAUAGGGAUGAAGCUACGAGGGCGAAAGAAAUUGCCGAAACUAAGUUUUCUGCAAAAGACAUAAUGGGGGCAAAGAAAUUUGCAUUGAAGGCCCAAAGUUUGUAUCCUGACCUUGAUGGUAUUUCCCAGUUGUUGGCAGUUCUAGAUGUGUAUGUUGCUGUAGAAAACAAAAUAAACGGAGAAUUGGACUAUUACGGGAUACUUGGUGUGAGCCCGUUAGCCGAUGAUGAUACCGUUAGGAAACAUUACCGAAAACUAGCUUUAUCUCUUCAUCCCGACAAAAACAAGUCUAUGGGGGCGGAUGGGGCAUUUAAGUAUGUUUCUGAAGCUUGGAAUUUGCUAUCUGAUAAAGACAAAAGAACAACCUAUGACCAUAAGAGGAACGUUAGAGUUUUUAAGCAGAGGGUUCAGACUCAAAAUGGUGGUUCUGGAGUACCAACGUCAUCCCGGAAGACCAGUUUUUACAGUUUCGUAAAGAGUACGAUUAAUCGAGCAAAGGGUACAACUACUCAAACAAAGGGUACAACUAAUUCUCCGAGGGAUAAUACUAAUGCCACGAAGAAGAAAGGUCCUAUGGCUGUUCCUUCAUCGUCUAAUAAACAGACGGGUCCUACUGUUGUUCCUUCACCGUCCGAUAAAACGAUAACACCGAAAACGUUUUGGACUGUUUGCAAGAGAUGCAAAUUGCAGUACGAAUUCAUGAGAAUGUAUUUGAACCGAAAUCUUCUAUGUCCCACUUGCCAUGGACCUUUUCUGGCAAUCGAGACUCCACCGCCAAAUACCAACGGUCCUUCAGAAGUUCCGGAAAAGGUUCAAGGAGCCAGAGAAAACGGGUCAAGCACUACGUGUAAUGAUACGAGCUCCAAGUGGGGUCCAUUCUCAAAAACGGCUAGUCCUGCAGCUGUUUCUCAAGCAACAAGCAUGGUUCAACAGGCGUACGAGAAAGUAAAACGGGAUCGAGAAGAAGUUCAGGCGGCCACUAAAAGAAAUGAAGCUUUACGAAGGAAGAUCUCGAAAAAAACAGGUAACGCGUCGUCCAAGCACUUGAAUUCCGUGAAAACAAAGCAGGAUGUUGAUGGGUUUGGGGCAAAUAAGGAAACUCGACUUUCGGGUUCUUCGAUUUCAUCUCCACAAGUUGAUAUAAAGAAAGAUAUCUCCAAUGCCGGUAUCAAGAAUCAACUCAUUAAGAAGGCAACUAUGGAAAUUAGAAAGAAACUACACGAAUGGAGCUCAGAAACUGUCAUAGAUUCUACGGUUAAAGGGGUUACAGAAAAAGGAAACGGAAAUGGAAAAGUCGAUGGUUUGGUAAAUGGAGACUCGAAUGAUCAUCGGAUCGAACCGGUCGUGACCGAUGUGCCCGAUCCGGAUUUUCAUGAUUUUGAUCACGACAGAAGCGAAAAGUGCUUCGAAGAAGGCCAGGUAUGGGCUGCUUACGAUGAUCAUGACGGAAUGCCACGAUACUACGCUAUGAUUCUAAAAGUAAUCUCUAUAGACCCUUUUAAAAUGAAGGUAUGCUGGCUUAAUUCAACACCCAACCACCACCCAAAUCUGUCAUCCGGGUUCUUGAAAGCAUUUGGUGAAUUCAAAGCAGGAAAACACGAAAUCGUUUCGGUCCCUAAUUACUUUUCACACCAAGCGAGUUUUACGAAACUAGCAAACGGGAACAUACGUGUUUUUCCUAGGAAACAAGACGUCUGUGCUGUAUACAGGAAUGAUCAAAAACACAAGUACGAAAUCGUGGAAGUAGAUGAGUACGAUGAAGAAACCGGCAUCACCAUCACUCCGCUCAUCAAAGUAGCCGAUUUUAAGACGGUAUUUCACAGGCAUAUAAACCCCAAGGAAACAAGGGUAGUUUUGGAAAAUGAAAUCAUCCGGUUUUCGCAUAAAAUACCUUCGUAUUUGCUCACGGGUCAAGAAUCUCCAAAUGCUCCAAAGGGUUGUUGUGAGCUUGAUCCUGCAGCCAUUCCUUCUGAGUUUCUUCAAGUCACAGAAAAUGUGAAUGAAGAAGGCGAUGAAAUGUUGAAGAAAGAUUGCGGUUCCAAGUAGUGAUGGUGUUUUCUCCCAUUUGGGGUGCAAAUUUCCUGAACUUGGAGUUUGUGGUUUGCUUUUUUGGAUGGUUUGAUGGAUGGAAAAUUAGGUACGGACUUAGUGUUGAAAUUUGUCCAACAAAUGCUGCUCUCCGUUUGUUAGUUGCUGCGAUAUUUUGACUUCAUUUCAAACUGUUGUACUUGUAGAACCUUUACUGUAAAAUGCGGAGGGAUUUUUGGUACUAAUAUAA